GUUUUAAUUCCUGCGACUGUAGUCGCAGCCCAAGGCAAAAGAGAGUGAGGGUGAGCGACAGAUCUCUGCCCCUUCUCUAGAAGAGCCCAAGAUGAGCAAGUCCCUGGGACCAGUGUCUUUCAAGGAUGUAACCGUGGAGUUCAGUGGGGAGGAGUGGCAGCACCUGGACCUUGCCCAGCGAAGCCUGUACAGGGAUGUGAUGCUGGAGAACUAUUUCAACCUGAUCUCAGUGGGCUGUCCAGUUCCCAAACCAGAAGUCAUCUUCAACCUGGAGCAAGCAGAGCCACGCGUGUGGGAUGAGGAGGCCUCCGGUCAGCACUGUGCGGAUGGGGAUAUUGGUUUUGAGACUUCACAACAGAGACUGUCUGAGGAAUUUUCUUUCCAGUGUGAGAGAGUUGAUCUCUUCACAGGAGAUAACCCCUAUUCCCUUUUAGAAGAAUUGUGGAAGCAAAGGGGGAGAUGUGAAGAAAACCAGGCCACGCCUUUACGUCACGUUGUCUUCAGGGGCAGGGCAGCACUAGCUGAUUCAAGGAGCUGUGGAUACCAGGACGCUGGGAAAAUUGGGCACAUAAACACACAUCUGAUUCCUUCACGAAAAGGAUUCCAUCGUGGUGAUGCCUUUGGAAAGAAUCUGAAGCUCGUUGCAAGCUUAUAUAAUCAUAAUAGAAACAAUGCAACAGAAAAUCAUGAUGAGGUUAUCAGCCGUGAGGAUGCUGUUACUCAUACCGGUUCUCAUACGGAAGGGAGUGAUUGUGGAGGCAAGCAUUGUCGGGAACGUGGGGGUCAUAAGCAAGCUCUCACUCCACAUCUGAAAAGUCAUGCUGUGGAAAAUCUCCCUUUGUUUUCUGACUAUGUAAAAGUUUUCACUGAGAAUUCCCACCUCUUUGCACAUCAGAGGAUUUAUGCUGGAGAAAAACAGCAUGAGUGUAGUAAAUGUGAGACAGUCUUCACCCAGAAGCCCCCACUUGCUACUCCUUGCAGAGUUUCUGCAGGAGAGGAGCCCUAUAAGUGUAUGGAAUUUGGGAAGUCAAGUCACCAGAAAACUCAUAAUGAGGAAAAUUACUAUAAAUUCAGUGAAUACAGAAGAGCCUUUAUCCAGAAGUCUGAUCAGUUCAGACGCCAGAGAGACCAUCCUGGAGAAAAACCCUAUGAAUUCAGUGAAUGUGUGAAAAGCUUCUCACAGAAUUCAAACCUCAGCAUAAUUAAAAAAAAUCAUACUGGAGGGAAACACUUUGAAUGUACUGACUGUGGAAAAGCCUUCACAAGGAAAUCCACACUAAGUAUGCAUCAGAAAAUUCACACAGGAGAAAAACCCUAUGUAUGUGCUGAGUGUGGGAAAGCCUUUAUCCGGAAAUCCCAUUUUAUCACACAUGAAAGAAUUCAUACUGGAGAGAAGCCCUAUGAAUGCAGCGACUGUGGGAAAUCCUUUAUAAAAAAAUCACAGCUCCAUGUGCAUCAGCGAAUUCACACAGGAGAAAAUCCUUUUAUAUGUUCACAAUGUGGCAAGGUCUUCACUCACAAGACAAAUCUCAUUAUACACCAGAAAAUUCAUACUGGGGAGAGACCCUACAUAUGUACUGAAUGUGGGAAAGCCUUUACUGACAGGUCCAAUCUCAUUAAACACCAAAAAAUUCACACUGGAGAAAAACCUUAUAAAUGCAAUGACUGUGGAAAAUCAUUCACCUGGAAGUCACGGCUCAGAAUCCAUCAGAAAUGCCAUACUGGCGAGAGACAUUACCAGUGUCGUGAGUGCGGGAAAGCCUUCAUUCAGAAGUCCACACUAAGUAUGCACCAGAGGAUUCACAGAGGAGAAAAGCCCUAUGUGUGCAACGAGUGUGGGAAGGCCUUCUUCCACAAAUCCCAUUUUAUCACACAUGAAAGAAUCCACACUGGAGAGAAACCCUAUGAAUGCAGUGAUUGUGGGAAAUCCUUCACCAAGAAAUCACAGCUCCACGUGCAUCAGCAGAUUCACACAGGAGAGAAGCCCUACAGGUGUGCUGAAUGUGGAAAGGCCUUCACUGACAGGUCCAAUCUCUUCACACACCAGAAAAUUCACACCGGAGAGAAACCCUAUAAAUGUAGUGACUGUGGAAAAGCCUUCACUCGAAAGUCAGGCCUCCACAUACAUCAGCAGUCCCACACUGGAGAAAGACAUUACGAGUGCAGUGAAUGUGGGAAAGCCUUUGCCAGAAAGUCAACACUAAUUAUGCACCAGAGAAUUCACACUGGAGAGAAACCCUAUGUUUGUACUGAAUGUGGGAAGUCCUUCAUCCAGAAGUCACACUUAAAUAGACACAGGAGAAUUCACACAGGAGAGAAGCCCUAUGGGUGCAGCGACUGUGGGAAGUCUUUCAUUAAGAAGUCACAACUCCAUGAGCAUCAUCGAACCCAUACAGGAGAAAAACCGUAUGUAUGUGCUGAAUGUGGAAAGGCCUUCACCAUCAGAUCAAAUCUUCUUAAACACCAGAAAAUUCAUAGUAAACAGAAGCCCUACAAACGCAGUGACUUUGGGAAGGCCUUUCACUGGAAGGUGCAGCUCACAAGUCAACACAGUGUACCUCAGAAGUCUGACGCUGGGGAGGUGGAGUGCCCAGUGCCGCAAUCAUGGUGUGGGGGUACGAAUAAACAAGAGGCCACAGCUUGACCAAGAAGCAGGAGGUGACCAAGACCCACCCACCGCCUCUGUCUAGUCAGAAUUAUGGAUAUCUGCUUCACAUAGUGGAUGUCCACGACACGUCCAGGAAGAUACUUUGGAGGAAGUGUUUACACAAUGUACUGUGGCCAGGCUUGGUUACUGGACAGAUUGUCAGGCCCCUGCAAAUCACAGUGAAGAUGAAGCCAGAGGCAUGGUGCAUGCCUCUAAUCCCAGCUACUUGGGAGGCUGAAGAAGAAGGAUCAGGUGGGAGGAUCGCUU